AUGCUUAUUUGCAGAUUUGUCAUGCGCCACCAUGCAGUAGCUGGAUGGGCCGAAAUCCGAAGAUUAUCCGUGAAGCCAACUAUAAAGCAGUUGCGGUGGUUGCAGUGCGGUCUUCCAUCAUUACACUCGCUGUUAUCAUCGUAUUUUCAAGCUUCUCUGAUGUUCCAACCCGCUGUUCGGCAUUCUCUGCUGCUGAACAGUCUCAAGUCUCCAUCCCGUCUCGCAAAGCCCCUUACGUCUGCCAAGAACCCUGUAUUUGCACUGAACAUGUCGACCGCGAGUAAAAUCACUAAUUGGGUAGAUCCCAAUGAUAAAUCUGGAGAAUUCAGACGCAAGCCGUCGGCUUUUCGGAACUGGAUAUCUAGAGAAGCUGGAGCGGAAUUUCCCCCGGAAAAGGAUCGCUACCACCUUUAUGUCUCCUAUGCAUGUCCUUGGGCGCACCGAACAUUGGUCACCAGGAAGCUGAAAGGCUUGGAGGACUUCAUACCCAUUACAUCUGUGCACUGGCACAUGGGAGAGCAAGGCUGGCGUUUCGCAGUUGCGGACGAGAAAUUGCCGGGAGAAACCCACCCCGAUCCGCUGCACGACUUCACACACCUUCGACAACUCUAUUUUGAGUCAGACAAGGAUUAUACCGGUAGAUUUACCGUGCCAACAUUGUAUGACAAGAAGGCAAAGCGGAUCGUGAGCAAUGAGAGUGCUGAAAUCAUUCGCAUGUUCUAUUAUGAAUUCGACGAUAUUUUGCCUGAGAAGUAUCGAAAUGUAGAUCUUUUCCCAGAAACCCUGAGGAAGAGCAUUGAAGAGGCAAACGAGUGGGUUUAUAACACUGUUAACAAUGGUGUCUAUAAAAGCGGGUUCGCAACGACUCAAGAUGCCUAUGAAGCUGCCGUCAUCCCGCUUUUUUCCUCCCUAGACCGUAUUGAAUCGCAUCUCGCCUCGAAAUACAAUCCGGCCGAUCCGUCUAGUAUCUACUUUUUUGGCAACACUGUGACUGAGGCUGAUAUCCGUCUCUACACUACAAUUAUUCGAUUCGAUCCAGUCUACGUACAGCAUUUUAAAUGCAACAUCCGUGACAUUCGCUCUGGGUACCCCGCUAUUCACCGCUGGAUGAGGCACUUAUACUGGGAUAUACCGGCGUUUGGAGAGACAACAGAGUUCGAACAUAUCAAAAAACACUACACGAAAAGUCACGGGCAAAUCAAUCAGUUUGCAAUUACCCCUUUGGGACCUGUGCCCGAUAUCUUGAAGAAAGAUGAGGAGGUUCGAGCCGUUUUGACGAAAUAA